CCAAGUGUUGUCUCUGGUGCUACUGAAGGGCCAUCAACAUCGUCUUCGUCACAUGUUUAUGAGGAGGAGCAAGUGGAAGACAACAUUGCGGCGUCCACACCACUUCCCAGCAGUGGUUCAACAGAAGCAGUGCCAUCAACUCCAUCACGACUUGAGGAGGAGCAAGUGGAAGCAUCCACACCACUUCCCAGCAGUGGUUCAACAGAAGUGCCAUCAACUCCAUCUCCACUUCAUGAGGAGGACAAAGAGGAAGAUGACAUUGACAUGGCAGAGACCACCCCACCAUCCAGAACUGGGGUACCUGUAGGUAUUGCAAGCACCACAUUAAGUGAUGACCCAGGAUGUUGGCCCAGUGUCCUAACAAGCAGUAUGCGCUGUGAAAUAGUCAAAAAAGGACCUGUGCAAAUCAUGGACAUUGAAUUCCCGCAAAACUUAGACAAUCCUCCUCGAAGAUUCACCAAGGACAGUUACAAAAGAACCAUGAAAAAUGGUGAGAAUAUACAUCGAUCGUGGCUGGUGUAUUCCAUCCACACAGAUGGAGUGUUCUGUUUCCCUUGUACUGUUUUCGGGAAGCGUGAGCGUGACAAUGCCUUAACGACCUGUGGCUACGGUGGAUGGAAGAACCUUUCCUAUCGCCUAAAAAAACACGAGUGCACAAAGGUGCACUGUGACAAUGUGAAAAAGUGGCACGACCUUCAGAGGAGACUGCAAACCAGUACACUGAUUGAUCAAAGACAGAUGGAGUUGAUGCAACUUGAAGUUGAACACUGGAAAGGCGUGAUUCGGAGAGUGAUUGCCAUAGUUUCCCAUCUGGCAGAACGCAACCAGGCUUUGAGAGGAACUACCAGUACCGUGUAUGAUCGCCACAAUGGGAAUUUUCUGGCUCAAGUGGAACUCCUAGCACAGUUUGAUCCGGUAAUGAAUGAACACAUCAGACGAAUACAAUGCAAAGAGACAAAGGUGCAUUACCUGAGUGGAGUCAUUCAGAACGAAAUCACUCAGCUGGUCGGAGACAAAAUCCUACAGGAGAUUGCAAGAAGAGUGCACAAAGCAAAAUACUUCUCCGUGAUCAUGGAUUGCACUCCUGACAUCAGCCACAAGGAACAACUUUCUGUUGUUCUCAGGAUUGUCAACUGUGAAACACCUGUUUCUAUUGCUGAGCAUUUUUUGGGAUUUGUACAUGUUGAAGACACAACUGGUAAAGGGCUCAGUGAAAUCCUGCUUGACCAGUUGGAGAAGCACAACCUCAGCAUUUCAGAUUGCCGUGGGCAGUCAUACGACAAUGGCAGCAAUAUGAUGGGCCACAAACAGGGUGUGCAGGCAAGAAUUUUAGAGCUGAACAACAAGGCGCUAUGCAUCCCAUGCAGCAGUCACACACUAAAUCUGGUUGUGUCAGAUGCUGCCAAGUCUUCAGUGUUGUCCAUGUCUUUUUUUGGUAUGCUGCAACGACUGUACAACCUUUUCAGUUCCUCUGUGCACCGCUGGGCAAUUUUGAAGCAGCAUGUGAAGCAGCUCACCCUUAAGCCACUUUCAGGGACGAGAUGGGAGGCCCGAAUUGACAGUGUGAAGGUAGUGCGGUACCAUCUACCUGAAAUACUAGACGGACUGUCAGCACUGGAGACAUAUGCUACAGAGAAGGGGGACUCAGAGACCAUGUCCUCAGCAAAAAGCUUACAUGGUGAGCUUAAAACAUGGUCCUUUCUUCUGUGCACAAUAACCUGGUACAACGUUUUGUAUCAGGUUAACCAUAUGAGCAAGCUCCUCCAGAGCCCGGAUGUUUCAAUGCAAACACUGAAAAAAGAAACCGAGGGAGUGACAGAGUACCUAGAAGAUUUCAGGGAAAAUGGACUCGCAUCAAGCCAAACGGAUGCAAUGGAGAUUGCAGAAGAUCUGGAAAUUGAGAGGAAAUUGCCUGAGAAAAGGCAACGUAAAAAGAAAAGGCAGUUCCUUUACGAGAGUACAGAUGAAACCCAAUCGACCCCAGAAGAGGCCUUCAGAAGGGACUUCUUCCUGCCUUUGGUUGACACUGCCAUCACCAGCCUAAAAGACAGAUUUUCCAGACUGGAGGGGGUGUAUGCCCUGUACGACUUCCUGUUCAGCAUUGAUAUCAUGAGGGCCACAAUCAAGACUGGGAAAUUGCAUGAGAGAUGCAGGAAAGUGGAACAAACCCUCCAUGAUAUUGAUGCAGACGACUUGGCAUUGGAGAUCAACUCUGCUGUCCACACCUUUCCAGAUGAAGUAUCCAGGUGCCCAUUUAAAAUGCUGGACUACAUAUACAGUGAGAAGCUGUUGGACCUGUACAGCAAUUUAAGCAUUGCACUGCGCCUACUUCUGACCCUUCCUGUCUCGGUUGCCUCCGGAGAGAGGAGCUUUUCAUCUCUGAAGCGCAUAAAGAAUUACAUGAGGUCAACUAUGAGCCAAGAGAGGCUCUCUGGACUGGCACUCAUGUCAAUUGAGAGUGACGUCCGCAGGUCUUUGGACUUGGAGGGGAUUGUGUCUGCAUUUGCUGAGGCCAAGGGCCGCAAGCAGCAGUUUCAGUAGGAAAUAAAAAAAAUAAUAAAGGCUACUUUUCAGUGUAUGUUUGACCUCUUUUGUGAUUAAAACGCACAGAAUUGCGGAAAUUUUUUUUUUAAAGGCCCCCAACAACUUCUUUGCCUAGG